AUGAGAUAUCAUUGGAGAACUCUGCUACGCACUACGAGCUACGCACUCCGAGCUACGCACUACGAGCUACGCACUACGAGCUACGCACUACGAGCUACGCACUACGAGCUACGCACUCCGAGCUACGCACUCCGAGCUACGCACUACGAGCUACGCACUCCGAGCUACGCACUACGAGCUACGCACUCCGAGCUACGCACUACGAGCUACGCACUACGAGCUACGCACUACGAGCUACGCACUCCGAGCUACGCACUCCGAGCUACGCACUCCGAGCUACGCACUCCGAGCUACGCACUCCGAGCUACGCACUACGAGCUACGCACUCCGAGCUACGCACUCCGAGCUACGCACUACGAGCUACGCACUCCGAGCUACGCACUACGAGCUACGCACUCCGAGCUACGCACUACGAGCUACGCACUACGAGCUACGCACUACGAGCUACGCACUCCGAGCUACGCACUCCGAGCUACGCACUACGAGCUACGCACUCCGAGCUACGCACUCCGAGCUACGCACUCCGAGCUACGCACUACGAGCUACGCACUCCGAGCUACGCACUACGAGCUACGCACUCCGAGCUACGCACUCCGAGCUACGCACUCCGAGCUACGCACUACGAGCUCCGCACUACGAGCUACGAUUGUAGUAUGGGGCCGCUACGCUGAGUACCCUCGACCUUGCGACGGCGGCGCGCGGCGGCGGGCGCUGGCCUGCGCGCGAUACACUCGCACACCUCACACAGCUGAUCCACAUCACCCUCCGGCCAAGUCACGUCUAUAUUUCAUAAGCUCGGAGCACGAAACUUGUGGAGGUCACACGGGCAUAAAUAAACAGCGAGAGAGCUGGCUGGCUGCGCUCCGCAUCCGGCGCGAAGCCCUAUCGUGGAGGGGCUGCGAGCCGGCCCGAGCCGAGCUGCUAAUACGCAUCGACGCAAUAUCCUUUGUAAGACAUGCUACGUCCCACUCGCCAGCGGAGCGCGCGACAGGGACGGGGCGCUACGGUUGA